AUGUCCGACUCCGAAGACGACUUCAUGUCCGACAAGUAUCUAGUCGAGACGUCGGUGGAGAGCACGUACUCUUCUCGCCGGCGCCGCGCCGCGGCAUCAGGCGCUGCGAAGGCGAAAGCGAACGAAACCCUCCCCCUCCGAGAACGUGAAGCCGCCGCACGCAGGGAAGGUCUAAACCGAUCACUCUUCGAGGGGGAGAAGAAGGGCGGCCAAGCAAAGGCCAUGGACCUGAUGCAGAAGAUGGGGUGGAGCGUAGGCGAGGGACUGGGUCGGAGGAGGAGUGCUUCUCCUGAGCGGGCCCCAUCCCAUCCUACUGGGAACGUUGAUCGGGAACGCGAGGGUGGGCGGGCAGGAAUCGGGGCGGGCAGAGGUAUUGGGGCAUCCGCGGUUGGCGCAACGACUGCGAGCGCGGGUAUCGGCGCACCCAGCCUCGUAGAACCAAUCCGUAUCUCAAUGUGGGCCGGUCGCCGUGGUCUCGCUGCCCGCUCUCCAUCCCCUCCCCCUCCUCCAAAGCGCGGAGAGAUGAGCGAUGCCCGCGCUCGCCUCCUCGACGAAGAGGGGGGAAAGUAUCGCGGUCGAUGGGGGGCUGAGGCUGGGGCGCGCGACGCCGAGCGUAAAGAGGAGAAAGCAAGGGAGUUGUUGAUUGAGAUGGACGGCGCGAAGAGUAUCAAGUUCCAUCCCCUCCAUGCGAGUCGCGAUCCAGAAGCGCUGCCGAAACCGCUUCUGAGGUUGCUGUAUCCCGAGACGUCGGUGUCACCCGGUUCUAGUCCGGCCCCGGCCCCAUCAACUGCUCCAACCGCCCGCGCCGAGUCUGCCGCGCAGUCAGCCCGCGCCGGCAUCAGGAACAACGUCAACAAGGCCGAGGCGCUGCGCGAUCAGAUGCGCCGUGACAUGCUCACCGAGCUCGGCGAGGGCUCUGAAGAUUCCAUCCGCUUCGGCGUGCCGAUCCACCGUGACGAGGUCAAGGCAGAAGCUGCGGCCGACGCGGUAGAAGAAGCCGCCGUCGACUGGGAGAGCAUGGUCCGCGGCACCCGGCGCGUGCUCGCCAUGUCUGCCGACGAGCACCUAGCGUACCUCGUCAGCCAGCUGCGCAACGAGCACAUGUUCUGUUUCUGGUGUGGGAGCAAGUAUUCAAGCUUUGCCGAGAUGGAUGGGCCUGGAGGAUGUCCCGGCGAGGAGGAGGAUGACCACUAG